GUUCUGCAUGUAACUAUACUCCAAUCUAUUCCUGCAAAUUAUAUAUAUUUCUACCUUAGAGCCUACGACACACACACAGAAAGAGAUGGAAGAUAAACAAAGAGAGUUAGGAGGAGAAGAGAAAGAAGAAGAACAUGCCAAACUGGAAAUCUGGAAAUAUGUGUUCGGGUUUGUCGAAAUCGCAGUGGUAAAAUGUGCCAUUGAGCUAGGAAUAGCUGAUGCAAUUGAAAGCCAUGGCAGCCCCAUGACACUCCUAGAGCUAUCAUCUGCCCUAAGAUGUGAUCUUUCUCCCCUUUACCGCAUCAUGAGGGUCCUAGUCCACCUCAAAAUAUUCAAAGAAGAAAUUGCAAUCCACUACUUAGGAUCCAAAAGUUAUGCACAAACACCUUUGUCCAAACGCCUACUGAGAUCAGGAGAAAAAAGCAUGGCGGCGUUGAUCUUGCUUGAGAGUAGCCCAGUAAUGCUGGCACCAUGGCAUGGCUUAAGUGCCCGAAUUCAAGGUAAUCUUAGAAAUCCAGUGUUUGAGGAAGUACAUGGUGAGGACAUAUGGAGCUUUGGCGCAGCCAAUCCUGAUCACAACAAGCUUUUCAAUGAAGCAAUGGCUUGUGAUGCAAGGGUGCAUGUGCCUGAAGUGAUUGGAAGUUGUAUAGAGGUGUUCAAAGGGCUUGACACAAUAGUAGACGUGGGCGCGGGUGAUGGGACUGCUUUGCGCUUGUUGGUUGAGGCAUGCCCUUGGAUCCGAGGCAUCAACUUUGAUCUUCCUCAUGUUGUGUCUGUUGCUCAGGAGUAUGACCGCAUUGAGAAUGUUGGAGGUGACAUGUUUGAUUAUGUUCCAAAGGCUGAUGCUGUAGUUAUUAAGGGGGUUCUUCAUGACUGGGGCGAUGAUGAGUGCAUCCGUAUCCUUAAGAAGUGCAGGGAAGCUAUUCCGGAGGACAAAGGGAAGGUGAUAAUCGUAGAAGCGAUUAUCGAUGAAAAAUAUGAGAAAGAGGACACCAAACUUACAGAUGUGAGAUUGAUGCUAGACAUGGUGAUGAUGGCCCAUACAAACACAGGAAAAGAAAGGACUUUGAAGGAAUGGGAAUAUGUUCUUGGGGAAGCUGGCUUCAGCCGACACACUAUCACACCUAUUCAUGCUGUCCCAUCCGUUAUUCAGGCUUUUCCUUAAAUUUAGAGAACAAAAAGUUAUGGAUGUGGAUUUGUUUUUGCAAAUUAGCACUGUUUCAUUGUAUUGUUCAACUUACGUACCUUGUGGUCUUUCGCUAGUUGCAGCAUUGUCAAAAUUGUUAAGUUAAUAAUAAACCUGCUGCUCUUGCUUUAUGUAGUCUGCUUUGUAAUCUUUAAAUGCCGAUGUAUCAACUCAAUUUAAGGAAAAUGAAAAAUUGAAUAAAUUUGGCAAAGAAAAA